AGCGGAGACUUUGAGGGACAGGGGAGGAAGAAGUUUAGGACGGACUGAACAUGGCGACGUUUGGCGGUUGUGGGAAUAAUCGUGUUGAUAACUUUGAUGGCAAAAAUAAGUCUCCGUUAGUUACACCGCAAAAAGUUCGUGAACUUCUCAAUGAAGGCGUUGUUUCUGAGGAAAGAAGACGGCAUUGUGUGGAGCAGGAAGCAGAACCAGUGAAUCCCAAUGGCCUUGGAGCGGUCCCCUGCGAAGCCGUCAGCAAAGAGGCCUUCUUCUCACGAGUGGAGUCGUAUUCCUGUCUGAAAUGGGCUGGGAAGCCCGCUGUCCUCUCCCCCCUGAGGUGUGCGAGGUACGGCUGGAUCAACAUCGACUGCGACAUGCUCAAGUGCUCCAGCUGCCAGGCCUUCCUCUGCGCCUCCCUGCAGGCCUCCCAGGACAUAGAGAAGUAUGAAGGACGGAUACUAGAGUUGACGAAACUACUGCAGACGCAGCACGAGAAGUUCUGCUUCUGGCCUGAUUUUCCCUGUCCAGACCGUUUCUGGAUGGUUCCGGUGAACGAGCCGGGCGUCCUCCUCGCCGCCUUCCUGGAGCGCUUCAAGAGCUCCUGCCUGCUGGAGCUGCAGCUGCCGGCCAUGAAGCCCGAGCACCUGAAGAGCAUGUCUCUGACGGAGGAGGUGAUGGGGAUCCUGCUGCAGCUGAUCGAGGAGGAGCUGAGGAAGGAGGGCCGGUCACCCGCCAAGCUGCUGACUGAGCCACUUUCCAUACAGGUGGCCGCCUGCAUCGUGGCUCUGUGCGGAUGGGCUGCCAGCCCCACCCUGAACUCCCUGCACCUGCCUGUCCUCACCUGCUCCUACUGCCAGCGCAAGGUGGGGCUGUGGAGCUUCCACCAGAUCGAGGGGAUGGUGGGCGACGGGGACGAGUCCUUCAGCACCCCCUCCACCCCAGGCCCCGGACCAGAGGGGCGGGCGGACCGGAUCACGCCCUCCUCCCCCACGCCCUGCCGCAUGAAGCUGCGCAGCCAGGACUCCGGCCGCCCUGAGCAGCCGGAGACCUGCCCGUCCCCAGUGGCUCGAACCCGGAGCAGAGACUCCCCCAGCCCCAGCGAGGAGCCGCCCAGCCCCCUGCUCCGGGGCAAGAGGCCGAUGACGCGCAGCCGCGGGCAGGGGGAGGCGCCCGGGGGGGAGGUCCCCUCCAGCCCCCAGCGAAAGGCCAAGCGGCCCCGCCUCUCCUCCACCGGCAGCCCGGAAGGCCCCAUGCACAGGAACGUAUUUGACCCGGUGGCUCAGCACAGAGACUGGUGCCCCUGGGUGAGCACUGGGAGAGGUGACAUGCACCGGGAGGCUCCGCCCACAGACCCCCAGGCUCCACCCCCGGAUACGGACGACCCCCAGCCGGGCUGGAAGGCCUCGCUCUCCCUCUUCCUGUCCACGAAGAAGUGUCUGAGCCCCACAGGAAGCAGCCCGUCUCAGGGUCUUCAUGACAAGUCGAAGAGGGUGUUUAAGAUAUUCCGCCAGUGGCAGGUGUCUUCCUCCCAGUAGCCCCUCCCCUUCCAGCCACGAUGCAUCGCCACAUCUGGUGGAAUAUACUUUUUUGUGGGGGGGGGGGGUUUUCUUUUUUUUUUACACGUAGAGCUGAUGCCUCUGGCAUCUGGUAGUGGAUUUGCUGUGUGCAUUUUUUUUCCAUGGGGAGGUAAAUCUUGUUUACAGUGGGUGGCACGGGUGAACGGGGACGACGACAAACCCAAAAUGGAGGAUUGUGGUAGUGGGUGGAGCCUUCCAGAGGGCAAGGUGACAGAUCAGUGUCACUUGUCUGUAAUUCCCUCACGUGUCAGAAGGGGGAGCCCUAAGGAGGACGCAGUUAAACUCAUCGCCUCAGAGACUGGCUGCCGGAGACGCAGCAUGCUACAAGACACAAGGAAGCCGCAGCAGCCCUGGUACUUGGACAAGCCCCUCACCCCUCACUCCGUUACCUCACACGCGGACCGCCUGGUUGUUUCGAACCCGAGUCCUGCCCCGGGACAGAGAACUGUCUGCCCAGGAGGCGGAGCACAACGGGGGUACGAUGACGGUUUUAACCCAAUGUGGGGGCGCAAUGAUCGUUUUAACCAUAUCUACAAGGACACAAAGGUAACCGAUUGCUAAUACUGAAAGAACAGGCUUUGCUCAUUGACUUACUCCAGUGAAACAAGAAACAGGCAUUUGAAAGAGAAGCCAUGGAGCCACAGGGAAGUGUUUGUGUUGACGUCAGAUUCUAAACUGUGAAUAAGCAAUUCAGCGGUGUUGGAAUUAGACACUUUUUAAUGCUACAAUGCACCUGUACUGACAGACUGUUUAUUUUACAACCCUUCCUCCUGAACAUUAAGAGAGGUUUUACUGCUGUUUGAACAAAGGGAAGGGCUUUUUUUUUUCCAGACUCGAUGUGUUUAAAACUUUUGAGUAUUACUCUUGUCUAGAGAACACACAACUGUGCCAUUGAAUAUUUUUUUUGGUGAAAAGCUGUAAAAUAUUUUGACCGAGCUGCUUUCUCUGUAACUGCUGUUUUGUAGGUAUUGUAGCCCUGAUAAAAGUGCAUGCAUUUUAAGUCAUUUCUUUUAAUAAAGUUUUAAUGCCACAGGUGAUUAACUA